AAUAAUAAUAAUAAUAAUAAUAAUAAUAAUAAUAAUAAUAAUAAUAAUAAUAAUAAUAAUAAUAAUAAUAAUAAUAAUAAUAAUAAUAAUAAUAAUAAUAAUAAUAAUAAUAAUAAUAAUAAUAAUAAUAAUAAUAAUAAUAAUAAUAAUAAUAAUAAUAAUAAUAAUAAUAAUAAUAAUAAUAAUAAUAAUAAUAAUAAUAAUAAUAAUAAUAAUAAUAAUAAUAAUAAUAAUAAUAAUAAUAAUAAUAAUAAUAAUAAUAAUAAUAAUAAUAAUAAUAAUAAUAAUAAUAAUAAUAAUAAUAAUAAUAAUAAUAAUAAUAAUAAUAAUAAUAAUAAUAAUAAUAAUAAUAAUAAUAAUAAUAAUAAUAAUAAUAAUAAUAAUAAUAAUAAUAAUAAUAAUAAUAAUAAUAAUAAUAAUAAUAAUAAUAAUAAUAAUAAUAAUAAUAAUAAUAAUAAUAAUAAUAAUAAUAAUAAUAAUAAUAAUAAUAAUAAUAAUAAUAAUAAUAAUAAUAAUAAUAAUAAUAAUAAUAAUAAUAAUAAUAAUAAUAAUAAUAAUAAUAAUAAUAAUAAUAAUAAUAAUAAUAAUAAUAAUAAUAAUAAUAAUAAUAAUAAUAAUAAUAAUAAUAAUAAUAAUAAUAAUAAUAAUAAUAAUAAUAAUAAUAAUAAUAAUAAUAAUAAUAAUAAUAAUAAUAAUAAUAAUAAUAAUAAUAAUAAUAAUAAUAAUAAUAAUAAUAAUAAUAAUAAUAAUAAUAAUAAUAAUAAUAAUAAUAAUAAUAAUAAUAAUAAUAAUAAUAAUAAUAAUAAUAAUAAUAAUAAUAAUAAUAAUAAUAAUAAUAAUAAUAAUAAUAAUAAUAAUAAUAAUAAUAAUAAUAAUAAUAAUAAUAAUAAUAAUAAUAAUAAUAAUAAUAAUAAUAAUAAUAAUAAUAAUAAUAAUAAUAAUAAUAAUAAUAAUAAUAAUAAUAAUAAUAAUAAUAAUAAUAAUAAUAAUAAUAAUAAUAAUAAUAAUAAUAAUAAUAAUAAUAAUAAUAAUAAUAAUAAUAAUAAUAAUAAUAAUAAUAAUAAUAAUAAUAAUAAUAAUAAUAAUAAUAAUAAUAAUAAUAAUAAUAAUAAUAAUAAUAAUAAUAAUAAUAAUAAUAAUAAUAAUAAUAAUAAUAAUAAUAAUAAUAAUAAUAAUAAUAAUAAUAAUAAUAAUAAUAUAAUAAAUAAUAAUAAUAAUAAUAAUAAUAAUAAUAAUAAUAAUAAUAAUAAUAAUAAUAAUAAUAAUAAUAAUAAUAAUAAUAAUAAUAAUAAUAAUAAUAAUAAUAAUAAUAAUAAUAAUAAUAAUAAUAAUAAUAAUAAUAAUAAUAAUAAUAAUAAUAAUAAUAAUAAUAAUAAUAAUAAUAAUAAUAAUAAUAAUAAUAAUAAUAAUAAUAAUAAUAAUAAUAAUAAUAAUAAUAAUAAUAAUAAUAAUAAUAAUAAUAAUAAUAAUAAUAAUAAUAAUAAUAAUAAUAAUAAUAAUAAUAAUAAUAAUAAUAAUAAUAAUAAUAAUAAUAAUAAUAAUAAUAAUAAUAAUAAUAAUAAUAAUAAUAAUAAUAAUAAUAAUAAUAAUAAUAAUAAUAAUAAUAAUAAUAAUAAUAAUAAUAAUAAUAAUAAUAAUAAUAAUAAUAAUAAUAAUAAUAAUAAUAAUAAUAAUAAUAAUAAUAAUAAUAAUAAUAAUAAUAAUAAUAAUAAUAAUAAUAAUAAUAAUAAUAAUAAUAAUAAUAAUAAUAAUAAUAAUAAUAAUAAUAAUAAUAAUAAUAAUAAUAAUAAUAAUAAU